CCGACGCAUUCAAAUGAUUUAAUGAAGCCCGUUUCGAUUUCUAAAUUUGGAAAAUGUUAAUGUAAAUAUAUCAUCUUAUGAAGAAGCUUUAUGCUCCGGCAGAUCAACCUUAUAAGACCCAUACGUGUCCUACAGAAGGUGCAUUUCCCUCCGGUCUAUACAGACGAGGGGCAGGGCGCUCACGCGAACCAGGACUCGGCAUAACGAUACAACGAUUACGAUUUGCGACACAGGAGCUUCGAAUAAGGUAGCCGGGCUAUAAAAAGAUGGAUGCUUACCCGGAAGGUAGCUUAGGCCAUAAUGUGCCUCUGCUUAUUGCCUCCGGUCUUGCAGUGAAGCAACCGCUGCCUGAGCUGGACCAAGCUCUCAGAGACGAUUCGACUCGAUUAAAAUCAAGUCUCCCUUGUCUGGAUACCCGGGAAGCUGAGGUUCUUGUCGAAUACUUCGAUGCUAUAGAUACAAACGGAAAGUCUUGGGCGGCUGUAUCGCGCGAGGAAAUAUACAGACUCCGCAUAAAAUGCUGCGAACGGAGCUUUUCAUUUCCAAUGCGCAAAGCUAGACUCCCGGAAGACGCCGAUGAGGUCGACAAAGGAGCCAUGUUACAUUCGCCAUUUUCGCCACUAAGUCCUGUAUCUGAACUAUAUCCUGAUGGAUUGAUAAAUGAGCAAUGGAUCAACAAGCACCAGGACUUAGUCCCAGCGGUCUUCAUGUGCUUUUACGCACUAACUACGGACCCUAACUCGGCGACACUAGAGGAUAACAAGCUCAAAGCGGAUAUCAACCAGCUGAAGGCUGCCAUUUCGGCAGCAGGUUACAAAACACGAAUGGCGAUCAUCUUUCUUCAAACGGAAGGAGAUGGAAGCUCUCCUCUUAUCACAGAUCAUUUGCAAGAGCGUCUUGAGUCGAUACGAAAAGGCACAGGCAUGGAUCCUAAGUCGAUGUUCUACGUGGCCCCUCAGAAAACACCAGACGAUCUCAAGUCGGUCGCGGAUAGUAUCCUGUCUAACCUUUACGGCACUGCUAUUGAAUACUACCGGGACCUUGGUCGUCAUUCAAGGAAGAAGAGAUCUCGUGGCGUGGCACCGCAACCUACAGUUCGACCCACAUCAGGAACAUCCCAGACUCUAUCGCUCUCUGAAUGGAAUCUACGGUACGAUUUCAAAACUGCGAUAUUGUCUGAAUUCCGACAAGAAUUGGAAGCAGCUCUACGCUCCUUCGAACAGACAUAUGACCAACUUCUUGGACCAGAUAUUUUAGACGUGAUCCCAAACUGGAGCCGACGCUGGAACGAGGCCCGCCUACUCGCUGACAUUAUAACUAUUCGAUCUCUUCGACUGCACUUGUGGAUGGGACAACCAAGCUUAGCUGUGAGACGCUGGCAAUCCCACCGUGACAGAAUUAGCGAAUUAGUAGAGAGGCUAGGACGGGGUACAAAUAAUUAUAGCUGGCAAGCCUGGGAAGCUCGGUGGGCUUUGGUCAUGGCACAGCUUAUCGAGAAAAUCAAAGUGCCAGCGCUGGCUGCCUCCGCUACAACAAUCUAUUUACAACCGGAGAAGGCGGUUUUAGGCGAACGACUUCAGCCCUGGGAGUUGCUGCACCAUACUGGGUAUUGGUAUCGAAUAGCCGCUCGCCAUCUCAUUGCAAGGCGAAGGCUUGCGCAGUCACUCUCUGAUGAUGAUCGUACUGCCCCCGUAGCUUCUGCAAAAGGCAACACGCCUCACGGAACAACCUAUGACAAUUAUCUGUGCCCCCCACCAUAUGAGGAGAAUCCGUUGGAUGGAAGUGGUACAAAUCAUUCUGAACUCAUCAUUGAUUGUUUAUCGGCAGCAAAAAAACACUUUGAAAGUCGAAAGCAGCAGCGCAUUGCCGCUGAGCUAGCAUUAGAAUGUGCUAAAGAAAUGGCAGUGCUUGGCAAUUGGCAAGAUGUUUUGGCAACUCUUCGGCCACUGUGGGAUGACAUUCCUUUUCGCUCUGAGGAAUGGAUCAUAAUCACAGAACAGCUUUGCUGGAUAUUGCGCAAAGCUGCUAUAGAGACUAACACUGUCGACCUACUGGUGGCCCUCGAUUGGGAGCUUUUACACUCUAAAUUCUCAAAGAAUCCACAAUGGCAUUAUGACUUAAAUAAGAGUCUUGAUGGUUUGUUCCUUGAGUCCAGACCAUCAGUAAGUUUGUCCGACGACUCUGCCACAUCAGUCAUUGCUGCGGACUUUGCAUUCCGCACUAAGGAGGGUAAAGCUGGAGAGAGCUGCGUUGCACAACUUUCGCUAGUUUCGAACGCCGUCGUUGGUUCGUCUCCAUUGGUUCUAUCGAAGCUCAAGAUCAAUUUUGAAGGAAACCUGAACCCGAUUCUAUUGGAGCAUGAUGAAACCAUCAAGCCUUCAUCAUCGGGUGAAAAGAUGUCGUUUUUGGAUGUCACGUUGGAAGAAGAGUUUGAUGCACAGUCUGAGCAUGAGCUGCCUUCACGACUUUCAGGGAAAUCAAAUUUGACCAUAAACCCAGUCGAGAGGCUCCUAUUCCAGAUCAACAUCCCACUUCGAGUUCCAGGUGACACUGAGGCUGAAUCGGUAACCGUCUGGUACGAAAACAAGGCCUUCGAUCUGGACUACACCCUCAAAUUCCGAAGUACCGAUGCCGCAUUGGGCUGGUUUGUGCCCGGAUCUGCAAAGCCCAAAAAGAUUAGGAAAAGCUCUAGAGCUUUGCAUAUUCAACCCAGACCCCCGAAGAUGGAGAUUAAGCUUGCAAAGCCACUACGCCAGUUUUAUGCCAACGAACGAAUCCACCUUCAAAUAUUACUGCAAAAUGAAGAAGAAGAAGGUGCACGGGUCAAGGCUGAUCUUGACUUGCUGAGCAAGGCAGUGCCCUCAUUCCAGAUCCAAUAUAAGGGCAACACACACUCUUCUGUCCUCGAAUCAGAGGAGGAAGGUAGUAUUAACAGUGUCUCUCUUGACAUGAUCCCCAGCUCUGGCUCUCUAGAGUUUUCCGUUUUCAUUGAACCUGCGGCUGCGCCAGUGCUGUACGAGAUUCAGCUGCGCGCUGUGUACUAUCUUGACUCUGAUCCAGCCACACCCAUCACACAAACAUUCCCUCUCAACUUGAACCUUGUCAGCGCCUUUGAAGCAAACUACAAUCUAGUUCCAAGACUGCAUACAGAGCCAUGGCCCAGUCUAUUUGACCAUGACGGCUUAGAAGACGAACUCGCGGAUGAGGGCAGAAGACGGGCUAACGGCCUUUCGCAAAAGUGGUGUCUUUUGUGCCAUUUCGCAUCAUUCGCACAAGUUGAUCUGCGAAUCAUUGAUACCGACAUGCAGGUGACGUCUUGCAUUGGAGGUGCACAAACACGCGUGUCCAAGAUGUCAACACUGCCAGAGGGCGGUGUGGUAGUGGAACCUAAGAGCAUGAAUAACGCAGAAUUUGAUCUCGUGGUUCAGAAGCUGAGCCUGGAUGAUCGACAGCCUGUUUCUCUUGACCUUGCGUUCAUCAUAAACUGGAAACAUGCGGAUGCAAACGAAGAUGACCCAGUCAACACUACCACCAUGAAUGUUGGCCAAUAUUUGGUCCUUGGAAUCGAGCCUAGAGUUUUGGCUACCGUAACGCACCCACCGCUUGGCAAGCUUGCUCCUGUGCAGCUUGAUAUCACAGUGGAAAAUCCUUCCAAUCAUAUGCUUACAUUCGGUCUUAGCAUGGAGCCAAGCGACGAAUUUGGCUUCUCAGGUGCAAAGCAGACCACCAUUCACCUCGUUCCGUUGUCACGACGAACGGUUACAUACCGGUUGCUGCCUCUGGUGCGUGGGACCUAUAUUCGACCGGGCCUGCAUGUACGCGACAAAUACUUCCAGAAGUUGCUGCGUAUCAUACCCACAGACGGAAUGAAGAUUGAUAAGGACGGCCUAUUGUUAUGGAUACCAGGCCCGAAUGGUGAAGGGGAAUCUGACGAGGUGCAUCAUGACGACGGUGAAGAAAGUAAAUAGAACAUCGUCUAACGAAAGUUAUUAUGAAUCAAAGCUAUCAUUUACAUUCUGUAUGUGGCCCGUAUUAACAAUAUGAAAGAAUCAUAGUCCCAACGCCUUGAAUUUGCCCUCGGCUAUGCCACGCGCAAUAGCAGCCCGGCGUUGCUCUGCUCGCUCUCUUUGUUCCAAAUCUUCCUCGCUUGGCUCCUCAUUCUUGGUCUCCUUCUUGCGGCCCUUGAUGGGUUUAUUGGCAGCCUCGACAGCCUUCUGAAUUCUCUGUGCUUCACGAGCAGCUUCCGCUUCUGACUUUUCUGCCGCUGCUUGGCAGCGACGAAUGUCUCGCUUCUGUAAAACCCAUGGCUUAUCGAGAAGCUUCUGCUGCUGCUCUUCUCUCUGCCUCCAAAGUUUGAGCUCGUCAGUCGUAGAAUGUACUAACUCCAUCUUCUUAAUAUUGAUCUGCAAGUCGUGAAACGUAUGCAACCACCCUUUCACAUCCACAAUGGAACCUACGGUGACACCAUCGGCUACGGAAGCCGUCCAUGUCUGGUCUGCAUAUUGCUUGGUAGCUAUAGGCUUGCCUGAGCCGUCAAUCUUAAGAAGCGCUUCUAUGGAUGCAUUGCUGCUGUCGUCUAUGGUGUACGCUCUGUGGCCUUCGAAGGUGUCUAUUGCAGAGACUAUGCCCGUGAUGCGGACCCAGCGAAUCGGCAGUGUUUUGUAAAAGUAGAAUCCUUCAG